CGCGUAACAGCCAAGACUACCCUAUCUCUACGUUUGAUCUGGCUCAAUCUUCUGCCAUAUUGCUCCAUCGUUGAAGAUAUCAGGGAAAACGUUCAAUCACUCCCGCAUGUUUGCGCCCCUCGUCAAGACGCUUGGCGGCGAGCUGCGUCCGGCUCAGCAUGUCUCCGAGUCUGAAGCGGAGGCGUAGUGAACUGUCUUCCGGAAACGCGCUACCGCCAGCCGCAACCGUCCCCAUCGAAACUGGUUCCGCACAAACACCUGCUGCGCCGAAACGACAACGCGUGUCGAGGGCAUGCGAUCAAUGCCGGGCCGCACGAGAAAAGUGUGACGGCGUCCAGCCCCAAUGCUACUCUUGCACGUCGCUAUCGAGAGCGUGUACAUACACCAUAGCGCCUAAAAAGCGAGGCGUCCAGACCGGCCUGAUACGAACAUUGGAGCUCACCCUCGCCUGGGUAUUUGAGAAUGUUGCAGGCAGCGAGGAUGCUCUCGCCGCGUUAUUAUCGAACGAAUCUAGGCGCGCCUCUGGGUUGCUGCUUGACAAGGGGAAUGAGGAAGGCAUUCGGCUACACAAGAGAUGGAGAAAAAGCAGGAUACACAGAGGAAUUGAUAGGUUACUAUCGGAAAAGGAUGGUGCUCCGCCUAGGGUGACAGAAUCUCCUAUUGAUUCCGAUGGCGACAUGCAAAAUUCGGUACCGGACCGUAAUACGGAGGAUCGGGACAUACAUCCGGCAGGGCCACCGAGGACAACCGGUUCGAGCACGCCGGCUACAGUGGUCAAUCUCCCGGCUCCGACGCAAUUGGCUUCUAUGACAAAAUCUUGCUUACCGCGAGUAAGCUUACCAAAGAACUAUCAACGACUUCUCGAUGUGUACAACUCGUACACCACUUGCUGGUUACCUAUACUUGACCAAGCAACACUACAUAAAACCGCGUCGACCUAUCCAGCAGAUGGCCUCAUCCUAGAGUCUCAGUUACCAUCCAUUGGUUCUCAUGCUGAACUAUGGGCAGCACUUGCGCUGGCCUCGUUUCAAAAUGCACAUUCAUCUGCCGAUCGCACUGGAGAAAUGCCAGCGGCAGAUAUUUAUACCGUGGCUCGUGCUUUAAUACCUUCCUCGGAGCAUACUGAUCUAACCAGGCCCCAUCUCAAGGCACUGUUGUUACUCUCAUUGGUGCAAUUCGGAAAGCAGAAUACACUCGCAGCCUCUCAUCUUGUGGGGAUGGCUGUUAGGCUUGCACUUCAGAUGAGACUUGGUCAGACGGAGCAGGUCAAUUCACAAACUUCCGAAAACCAACUGCUGGUAGCAGUAUGCUUUUCUUUGGAUACGCUUCUCGGUCGACUCUCGGUUCAGCCACCACAUCUUACAAGUAACUCGGUCAUGUCUCACAUUACUACAAGUCAGGAUAAUCCUGCCGAGUGGGUACAUUGGCUACCUUGUACCGGGUUUGGAUUUGCCGAACCGGGCAAUUCCAAUUCGGGUCCUAAGCAGUCUGUUCAACCUACCAAAUGUUUUGAUCAGCUAUUUCAAUUCUUCCGUGUUCUUAGUCACCAGUCGGAGUUACACUCGCGCCUUAAAGACGGUGUUGAAGGUGGAACCCUCGACCUUGUUCGGUGUCUGGCUCCGGAAUAUUCAUUUUGUAACUCAUUGGUGGGGAAUCAGGUAACAGCAUCGAUUCCAUCUGCUUACUUUGUACAAGCAGCGUUUCUCUCAGCUUCUCUUGUACUUUCACCCAAUGGUGCGAGCUCUAGAGUUUCACUCUUUUGGGGUCUUAUGGAAGUGAUUGAAACUUUCAUAUCUCGAUUCGGCGCCGGCAGCACUCCUCCACUACUGGUUUCCUUUAUGCGGCUGGCUUCCAAUGAAGGUCGUAUAGACUGUCUACAGGAAAAUGACAGGAGACGUUGGGUGUCUCUAUCACGAGCUUUAUGUGCUAUUUGGAGCCCUGCUGGUGAUGAACGCCAUCCCAGUACACAACCACAACCGCAGCCACAGCCACAGCCACAGCCACAGUCGCACACACAACCACAGCUCGCACAGCAAGAACACGUCCAAGAACGAAAUCACCAAACUAGAUCAAGCCCUGCUCAAGGACAAGCAAGUGUACAUCCAUUGCCACCUCCGAUUGAUGGUCGGACACGAAUUCCCUUUUUAAAUACACAACAUCCUGGACCUAUACAGCCGACAAAUUCUCGGUUCGGGCCAUUCUCCAUGCAACAACCGUCAAAUAUUGGGCAUGAAUCUCAACCAUCAGGAAUGCUUCCAUACCAUGGCUCUAUGCAUCUCGGCAACCCGGGCAAUAUACCUAGAAAUAUGGUACCUGGUACCAACGGUACGAGAAUGAUGGAUCACGGAAUGCACAACGCGACGACGCUUGGUAUGCAGAACCGUCAUCACGACUCAAACAAGGGGCUUGAUUAUGAUGCCAUGCUGGAUGAGCUGGCAGCUGCUGAUUGUAAUGAUACUUUGGAAACUGAUCCUGCGUUUAUGACGAACCUGGGCUUUGCCCCUGGAUAUGACUUGGACGAAUUUCUUCGAAAGGGUUUUGGCUCAUUUUGAUGAAUAGAGCCGUCAUUAUAAAUACAAUGUUUAUUAUUAGCGGA